AUGAUCAAGGUAGGCAUAUUAUACAUCAGUAAUUACUAUCAAGAGAUUGUGAGCGUUGUUGAUUGUUAGGAGAUUCUAACAAAUAGUAAGAGAGAAACAAUAAAUAUUUGGGCAUUUCUAACAUUGUUAUGCAGACCAAAAAUAGUAUUUAUAAUUAUAUUGAUUUAGAGACUUGUUUAAAAUUUGAUUUGCUUAGUUGACUUAUAGAGGUUUAAAAUUUGA